UCAUUUAAGACAUAACUAAAUACCAUUUGAUCUUAACUAUUACACACUUUUAUCAAGAUCCACCAUACAAGAGUGAUCCAACAACCUUUAAAUUGAUAUAUCAUUUCAACACCAAUGCAACUCUAUCAAUCACGACUUUCCUUAGUUUGACGCUACGUAUUGAUAUAAAAUAAUUUUACCGGACUCCUUAAACUCGAAUAAUAACUAUUUACCAAAAACUAAAAAUAAAAGCUAAAAUAAAAAAAACUUUAUUUUAAGUCUAUUGAUCUGUUUGCCAAGCUGGUAACGAAUCUUCCAAGUCCAUAUAAUUUCUUCACUUUGUCAAAUUUUCAUCAUUCGCUGCAUUCUCGUUCUUUAAUAAGGGUUUUUCAUCGACUCUCAUCUCGUUUCGCUGUUCAAGAAUCGAUCAACAAUCAUGACUCGUGGUAACCAGAGAGAGAAAGAUCGUGAAAGGGCUCAAUCUAGAGUCGGUGGUUCUAAGGGAAAACCAGGAAAGGGUGAUGGUUUGACCCCUGAACAGCGUAGAGAAAGGGAUGCAAAGGCUCUGCAGGAGAAGACAGCUAAGAAAGCAGCUCAGGAUGCUGGAGGGAAUAAUGCUGGCGGAAGCAAAAAAUAGGCAAUGGUUUGGGUAUUGUUACUGAUUUGGAACUUGAUGAGGUGUUGUUGGUUUAUGGAAAAUUGAAAAUAUUUGUAUUUCAUAUUCUGAUUGUCUUUUUUGGUAGUUUAGAAUUAAAUGUGUGUAUUAUUGUCUUAUGGGGGUAACUGAACAAAUAAUUGAUGUUUCCUUGAAAUGGGUUGAUGUUGGUUGCUGAGCCAAUGGCUUGUAUUGUAUCUCUGUUUGGAUUUGGAAUAUUACCAUUUUUGUGAUGAUUUUGAUA